AUGGCCGCUCGCCAAUCAACGCCAGACUCACAUUCCGAUAAUGUACGCAAGCGCGUAUGUAAGGCCUGCGACCGGUGUCGUCUGAAGAAAUCCAAGUGUGACGGAGCCAGCCCAUGUUCGCGCUGUCGAGCAGAUAAUGCGAUUUGUGUCUUCGGGGAACGAAAAAAGGCUCACGAUAAAGUGUACCCCAAGGGAUACGUUGAGAUGCUCGAACAGCAACAAGCAUGGCUCGUCAACGGGCUACAAGAACUCUACCGUCGUACACUAGAAGGCGAAGGAUGGCCUGGCGACCGUCUCAAGACCGAACCAAAUGGCCACCCACUCACCCACGACCUCCUCACCCGUCUCGGCGCCCUCGAUCACACCAAGGGCGAGCGCUUCGAAGAGAAUCCCGAAAACAUGCAACAGGAUCUCUGGCGACACGGCAUGCAGCGCCAGGAGUCGUCCGAUGGUAGUUCGGAGGGUCAUUCGCCUGUUGCUCGCUCUCGUUUCUCCUCCGACGCGUUCUCGUCCCAACAAACGAUGCCCCCAACACCGCCGGCUUACAGCCCGUCGACCCGUGCGCACGUCAAGCCCGAACGGCCGACACCCACCCCAUCCAUGGUCAAUAGCCAACAUCAGCAGUAUGCGCUGUCGAUGCAGGGCGUCGUGAAUCCGUUGGCGCUGCAGGGCCCCCAGCAUCAGCAACAGUGGGGGAACCCCAAUGCUGGAUUUAACCCGUUUGACGAGAUGGAUCUCAUGUCCACCGCCGAUUACACGAAUAUGAAAUUCGAGGACUCGAUGCCUUCGCCCUUGUUUCAGAAUCAGAUCCCUAUGAACUGUGUUCAAAGUGAUUAUGAUGAUUUCAACCAGUUCCUCAAUCCGAAUCCCACGGAGAUCACUUCGAUCUGA